AAGCAGUUGCAAAGGUUGAGGUCGUCAGUUCAUCAAAAUGAAGUGUUCUCUCAUCUUCUUGGUUCUUUCUCUUCUCCAACUGUCUUUUGGUCAGCCUCUAGAAGGCUCAGCAAAGACAGAGGCAGCUGCGAAUGUUGGAGCUGGUGGCUCACCUAUAAAGGCUGGAUUAGAUGCUAAAUCAUCUGCACAGGCACAGCUUUCUGGACAAGCUGGAGAAGCGCAAGCUAAAGGUAAAGCAGAAGCUGCUGCUGGAGGAGCCCAAGCUGCCGCAGGUGCCCAAGCUGCUGGAGGAGCAAAAGGACCAGAUGCUAUAGGAGUACAAGCCUCUGGAAAAGCACAGGCUGGUGCUGGAGGAGCUGGAGCUAACGGUGGAGCCCAAGCUGCCGGAGGUGCCCAAGCUGCCGUUGGAGCAGGAGCCAAUGGCGGAGCCCAAGCUGCUGGAGGAGCCCAAGCCAAUGGCGGAGCCCAAGCUGCUGGAGAAGCCCAAGCCAAUGGCGGAGCCCAAGGAGGAGCAGGCGCAGGCGCUUCAAGCCAGGCAGCAGCAGGCGCAGCCCCAGGAGCUUCCUUAUACCUGUCACCGGCGGGACUUGUAUCGCAAAGGGGAAUGCAAGUCAGCAAAAGUGAAUCUUCUUCCAGCCAAACCAGCAAGCAAAGUGAAUCCAAGAUGUUUGGUAGCACCUUUUCUGGUUUAGGGGGUGUGCCUGGAGCAGCUCUUAGUCUAGGCUCUGGUCUUUUUGGAGCAAAUGGUGGACAGGCUAACGCCAAUGCUGGUGCACAGGCAGGAGUCGCAGCAUAAGAAUAAAGUGAUAUAUGCAUUUAAUUGUAAUGUUGUUUUGCCAAUGAUAGCAACAAAAAUAAAUUAUUAUUACUGCUGUAC